UCAGUUUCUUAAAAGUUAGUGCAAAAAUAGGAGAAAUCAUGGCUCGAUUAAGCUACGUCGUGACGAUCAUUAGUGUAACACUGAUGUGCGUUUUAGCGGAAGAGCUGUACUCCGAUAAGUACGACAACAUUGACCCCAUAAGUAUUCUUCAAAACGAUAAAUUACGAGAUGAAUACUACAAUUGCUUUUUGGAAAAAGCGCCAUGCCCGACAGAAGACGCAAAGUUCUUUCAAGGAAUUUUUAGCGAAUCUCUCCAAACCAAAUGUAAGAAAUGUACUCAAAAACAAAAGGAACUACAGCUUACGAUGAAGAAUUGGUAUGUACAGAAUAAACCUGAACAAUGGGAAGCUCUAGUUGCAAAGUCUGUUGAAGAUAUAAAAAAAAAGAACACUGGUAAAUAAUUGCUGAAACAAUCAACAAAGAGAACACGGCAAGAAUAGAAAAUGUUAAUCAUUUAUAAAAGUAUUGGAUCUACGUAUAUUUGGAAACACCUCUUUAAAA